AAUUUCCCAGCCAAAAUACCCUCGUCGCCUCGUCUCUGCAAAUCGAACGCCUUCGCCGGCGGCGCCACCACUUCACUCUCUCCUCUAUCCCGGCGGCCAUCUCUCUCUCUCUCCAACCCAAGGAAUCAUCUCACUUUCACCAAAAAAACCCGCAGCAGCAGCAGCCAAUAUUCUCCAACCCAAGCUCUUAAUCCACUUCAAACCAGAAGAAGAAGGACGCACUGGUUAUCUCUCCCGCUUCAGCGCUACAUUGUCGGAAAAAAGAAGAAGAGGGUGCAUUGAAUGGAGCAUAGGUUAGCCAACGCGUGGCGUCUCUCUGCGAACGAGAAGAAAUUCAUCGAAACAGCCCUUCUUUCGGAUUUGAGGGUCGAUGGUCGCCGCCCUUUUGAUUACCGCAAUCUCACUAUCAACUUUGGCAAGGAUGAUGGUUCUUCAGAGGUGCAGCUUGGCCAGACUCAUGUAAUGGGCUUUGUGACUGCUCAGCUAGUUCAACCGUACAGGGACCGUCCUAAUGAGGGCACUCUCUCUAUAUAUACUGAGUUCUCUCCAAUGGCUGAUCCCUCGUUUGAGCCUGGCCGUCCUGGAGAGUCUGCUGUUGAGUUAGGGCGUGUAAUAGACCGCGGUCUACGGGAGAGUAGGGCAGUGGAUACAGAAUCACUUUGUGUUGUUUCCGGCAAGUCUGUAUGGGCCAUCCGAGUUGAUCUCCACAUUCUAGAUAAUGGGGGAAACCUUGUGGAUGCAGCUAAUAUUGCUGCUUUGGCUGCUCUCUCAACUUUCCGAAGACCUGAGUGCUCAUUGGAAGGAGAUGAUGGUCAGGAAGUGAUAGUUCAUCCCCCUGAGGUUAGGGAGCCGCUUCCUUUGAUUAUACACCAUCUCCCUAUUGCAGUAACCUUUGCUUUUUUCCGUAGUGAGAGCACUCUGGUAGUAGAUCCAACUCACUAUGAAGAGGCUGUUAUGGGGGGAAGGAUGACCGUCACACUUAAUGCUAAUAACGAUGUUUGUGCUAUUCAAAAAGCUGGAGGCGAGGGUGUACUUCAGAGCAUGAUCAUGCAAUGUCUGCGAAUUGCUAGUGUCAAAGCUGGUGAUAUUACAACUAAAAUAAAAAAUGCAGUUGAAACUUACAACUCAGCUAGACAAUUGCGAAAGAUUAAGAGACACCCUUCUGUUAAUUUGGAUGUCGGUGGAGGUGUGGCUGGUGUGGCUAAUAUGAAGAAUAGCCAAGGUGUAUCUGAUGGACAAAAGAGUAUCAAUGAAUUUUCUGACAGAUUGAAAUUGAAUUCUCAAGAGAGCAUGGCCAGUCAAAGUGGGAGCACUGAGAGUGACAUUGUAUCUACAAAUCAAGGACAAAUAAUUAAGAGAGAUUUGGAUGCUAAGAAUUUCAUUGGGGGCCCUUCGAGCUGGGACCCUUACUCCAAAGGCGUUGAUUCGGAUUACUUGAAAUCUACUUUAGCUUCACGCGGAAAUCCAACCAUGAUGAAGAAACAAAAGGACUCGAGUGUUGAAACAAUGUCCUCCGAGGAGCUCGGUGAACAAGUCAAAGAUAAUCAGGCAGAUUUACCUCUAGCAGCUGCUAAAACUUUGUCAGAAGAAAACAGGAAGAAGACCCUGAAAGAUGCCGUGAAGCCGAAGAAUAAGAGGAAAAAGAAGUCCACCCCCAAUGUUGCAGAUUAAUACACUGGUGACAAGAUCUUUUGGAAUUUUCCCGGAGGAUGUGAGUUUUGAAGCUCGAUUUUGAAGUUCGAAGAAGAGAUCAAUUGAGAACAAGUGACGGUUCGUGCCAGAUUUCAUCAAUGUUUACUCGACGAAACGUGAUACUUGAGGUAGUUGAGAUCGAAUGAAGUCUGGAUUUGGAUCAACUCUAAUUAUUGAGAAAAUAGUGAUGCUGUUGAAAAGGCCCUUGUGCUAUGGAACUGCAAUUUCAAUCAAUCACUCUCCAAACGUGGAGUAUAUACUUCAUACAGAAUCUUAGGCUUUGCUAUUUUCUGAUUGUAAGUUUUGGCUGCUGUAUUGAGAUUAUUUUUUAUAUUAUUGAAGAAACUUUUUUUUAUUUUUAUCCA